AUGGGCAGAGAGAGGAGAUCACUUUCGUCUACAUCAAGUACAUCCGGCUCGUCAUUUAGUUCUCCACUAAAUCCGCCAAUUGAUCCGAAAAUACUAAUUUCCAGGUCGAAGAUGUACGAGAGCAAGUAUCCGUUGCACUUACUUCUGAAAUCCGCAAAUGGUAUUCUGAGGAAUGCUCGAUCCUACGAUAAGGAGGGUGCAAGAGAGGAUGCAUUUGUGCUAUAUUCAAGGUUUGUUGACUUGAUUGCCAAUCAAGUAUCCAGUAGAUCCGAGCUAAAAAGGAGCAAAAUGGCGUUCAAAAAGAAUAAGACCAGCAAGGAUAGUGAGGUAUAUGCUGAGUAUGUGAAAUUACUACCCAAUCUUUCAAUGGCAAUGGAUCGUUCGGAGCAUUUAAUGAGUGAAAUUCGCAAAGAAUAUAUAGACUAUAAAAAAGUAGAAAUGGCGCUUGAAGAAGCAAGGGAAUUGCAAAGAAAGAAGUUUUUAGAGAGGAAAGAACGGGGUGAAAAGCAAUUACAAGAAAUGCGGAGGAGUAUUGAAAGGCGUAAGUCCUCAAUGCAUUCAGACGAUCGUGAGUUAUUGAACAAGCUUCGGUCAUUAUCGACUACUUCAUCUACUGAGUUUGAAAACCGUCCAAACCUACAGGUGCCCUCUUAUCCAUCAAUAAACGACACUGCUAUUGCAGAAGACGAGAGCUAUGCAUAUUCUCAGAUGAGCAAGGCGCCAAAGUUACCCUCUUACCCUGCAAUCUCGAAAAAUAAUGCUCCAUCCUAUGAUUUAGUUUCUGCACCAAGCGGCGCCAACCAAGUAAGUUUGCAGAAACCUAAAGUGAAGUCAGAAGCGAAUCAUAAAACAGUUAAUUUCACAGAAGGAGGUGCUCCAUUGAGAACACUAUAUCUUCCGGCAGAUUUGCCCCAGCGAUUUUUAGAGAUAGCCGAACCUAAUACAUCAAAGAAACUAGAGACCUGUGGUAUACUAAUAGGUAAACUGAAUAGAAAUGCCUUUUUUAUUACCCACCUGUUAAUUCCGGAACAAGAGUCAACAUCAGACACCUGUUCUACCUUGAAUGAGGAAAAAAUGUUCGAAUAUAUUGAAAAUGAAGAUCCGGAUCUGUUCAUUCUUGGCUGGAUCCAUACCCAUCCGACGCAGUCUUGUUUUCUGUCAUCAAUAGAUUUACAUACCCAAAAUUCCUACCAGAUUAUGUUAAAUGAAGCAAUUGCAAUUGUGUGUGCGCCAACUGAUCAUCACUCUAAGAAACUAGGGGUUUUCAGGUUAACUGAUCCACCAGGGGUGCCAACUAUAACAAACUGUAGCCAGUCAGGCUUUCACCCGCACGAGGAACCAAACUUAUACGUUGACUGUAAUAGAGUAAGCAACAAACAAGUUUCAUCCGGCCAUGUUGUUAUCAAAACUGGUCUAACAUUCAAAGUCAAGGACUUGCGCUGA